AUGGUUGUUCGUGAUCAUGAUGUCAGUCGUUUUGCUGAUCGAAGUCGAGAACUUUGGUCUGAACAAACAUUGUCUGACGGCAAUUAUAAAGAGAAAAAUUGUCUCGGUUGUUGUGAAAAUUGUCCAUUUCCAUCAUUCUUCGCAUUUUUGUUAACAUUAAUUGGUACGGCGCUUUGUUGUGCAUGUUUAUUUGAUCCACUACAAAAAACAAUUCGACGAGUCAAUGAUACAUUUGGAAUUGAAUAUAUUGAUCCUGAUUGGAUUCGCAUUCUACGUUUAGCUGCUAUCUUCGUUUUAGCAAUAAUGGGUGGAUUUUCAUUGAUUUUACUUAUUGUCGGAUCAUUGGCUACAGGUGCUACACGUCAUCAAGUGUAUACAGGAUUUCGUUCUCGUCUUGGAGGACGUAUCGCAACUGGUUUUUUUUCAAUGAUUGUUUAUGGUUUAUUACUCAUUUGGUUAUUUGCUAUGCUAACAUUAGUUAUACCUUGUAUGAGUGUAUAUAUUCUUAAAUCUCGUUGUGAUGAAGCAUUUCCGAAAUGGAUUGCAUCUGUUGAACAAACUAGCUCGCCAAUAGUAUCUUGUCUUACACCAGGAAGUUAUGGAAUUCCUGUACCAAAACAAAAACCUGAUGUAAAAAUUUGUCAAGAUCGAUUCAAAGAUUUGUGUACACUGACUAAUCAUGCAUACCAAUAUAUAGGAGCUUUAGUUGGUUCAUUUCUGGUUGUUAUGGGUUUGAUUCAUUUUCUUUGUUCUCUUGUGGCCAAUUAUGCACAUAUAAAAGAUGGCCGAAAAUUGUGCGAUUACGAAGAAGCCAUUCGUGAAGAAAUUGAAACAUCAAAGCUCAAUCAUGGCUAG